AUGACAUGCCCAUUUUGCGAGAUUGUUAAAGGCAAAGAGGCCUCUCAUGUUGUGUAUGAGAGCGAGCAUACCAUUGCGUUUCUAGACAUUCAGCCUCUGGUCAGUUCCAGAGCUCAUAUCCUGCUGUGUCCCAAGAGCCACUACGAAACGCUGGAUAAACUUGCCGCGAAUAAGGAGGCUAGCGCGGAGAUAGGCAUUGCCCUGCCGAUUCUAGCAAAGGCAUGCAUAGAGGCAACAAACUCUACAGCGUUCAACGUUGUGCAAAACAAUGGUGAAGCUGCUGGCCAAGUUGUGCAUCAUGUGCAUUUCCACAUUGUCAUGAGAGAUGGCGACGAGCACCCGGCCGUCAAGCGCACUGUUGAUCAAUUAAAAAAACAAUUCGGCAUUAUGGAUAGAGCACGCUACACUAUGCAGGUGUUUGGUCGCGGACAGCGCGAGGACCUGGUUGGCGACGAAAUGGCAAAACUAAUUAGAAGUAAGCUUUGA